AUGGAUAAUCUCUCUCAUCACCUUUUCAUUGUCAUUACUAAAGCCUUUUCAUUCUCUUUCAUUCUCAUCACUAAAGCCUUUUCAUUCUCUUUCAUUCUCAUUACUAAAGCCUUUUCAUUCUCAUCACUAAAGCCUUUUCAUUCUCUUUCAUUCCUUUUCAUUCUCAUCACUAAAGCCUUUUCAAUCUCUUUCAUUCUCAUCACUAAACUCUUUUCAUUCUCUUUCAUUCUCAUUACUAAAGCCUUUUCAUUCUCAUCACUAAAGCCUUUUCAUUCUCUUUCAUUCUCAUCACUAAAGCCUUUUCAUUCUCUUUCAUUCUCAUUACUAAAGCCUUUUCAUUCUCUUUCAUUCUCAUCACUAAAGUUUUUUCAUUCUCUUUCAUUCUCAUCACUAAAGCCUUUUCACCUUUUCAUUCUCAUCACUAAAGCCUUUUCAUUCUCUUUCAUUCUCAUCACUAAAGCCUUUUCAUUCUCAUCACUAAAGCCUUUUCAUUCUCUUUCAUUCUCAUCACUAAAGCCUUUUCAUUCUCUUUCAUUCUCAUCACUAAAGCCAUUUCAUUCUCUUUCAUUCUCAUUACUAAAGCCUUUUCAUUCUCUUUCAUUCUCAUUACUAAAGCCUUUUCAUUCUCUUUCAUUCUCAUCACUAAAGCCUUUUUCAUUCUCAUCACUAAAGCCUUUUCAUUCUCUUUUCAUUCUCAUCACUAAAUCCUUUUCAUUUCUCUUCACUAAAGCCCAUUCUAAAUCUUUCAUUCUCAUCACUAAACUCUUUCAUUCUCUUUCAUUCUCAUUACUAAACCUUUUCAUUUUUUUUUCAUUCUCAUCACUAAAGCCUUUUCUUUUUCAUUCUCAUCACUAA